GCCGGAGCCGCCGCGCUCGGGGUGGCGCUGCCGCGCUCGGGGUGGCGCUGCCGCGCGCCGGUGCGCCGUCGCCAUGGUAACCGCAGAAGCCCGGGGCCUAGGGAGCGGGGAUGUAGAAGGUUUGCAGAAGAUUUUUGAGGAUCCUGAGAACCCUCACCAUGACCAGGCCAUGCAGCUACUCUUGGAAGAAGACAUCGUUGGGAGAAAUUUGUUGUAUGCAGCUUGCAUGGCUGGGCAAAGUGAUGUGAUUAGAGCUUUAGCCAAAUAUGGUGUGAAUCUGAAUGAAAAAACCACCAGAGGUUACACGCUCCUACACUGUGCUGCAGCCUGGGGUCGUUUGGAAACUUUGAAAGCACUGGUGGAACUGGAUGUUGAUAUAGAAUCUCUGAACUUCCAGGAAGAGCGAGCUCGAGAUGUUGCUGCUCGGUAUUCCCAGACUGAGUGUGUUGAGUUCCUGGACUGGGCAAAUGCAAGGCUGGCGCUGAAAAAAUAUAUUGCAAAGGUCUCUGCAAUUGUUACGGAUACAGCAAAGGGACCAGGGAAGCUUUUUAAGGAAGACAAGAAUACCAUCCUCAGUGCAUGCCGUAUAAAAAAUGAAUGGCUGGAAACCCACUUAGAAGCUUCCAUUAAUGAGCUUUUUGAGCAGAAACAGCAAUUGGAAGAUAUUGUGACUCCUAUCUUCACAAAAAUGGCUACACCACGUUCAUCAGUUGGGACUGAAAAAGCAAUGGCAAAAGCAAACGUGUCCUUUUGGGUGCAAAAAGAAGGUAACCAGCCUGAUUUACUCUGUGGACGGUCAGCUGACUACAUGCCAACAAAGGGGCAUUUCCCAAUUCUUGUAUGUUCCACUGUUGUUUUGGGAGGACUUCUGAGGGCAUUUUUAAAGAAUUCUGAAGUCAUUGUCUUGACGAUUCUUUCUCUUGUUGGAUUUUUGAUAGGACAACUGGCCUACAAUUUUGUUGAGAUGCACCAAGUCGUCUACCCUCUUCUAAGAACACCAAGUUUUUCACUUUAUUGUUAUUUUUCACCUUUAAUUAUAUUUAUGGCUGCUUUGGAUGUGGACUUCUAUAUUCUCAAGAAUGUGUUUUGGCAGGUUGUGUUAACCGGAUUAAUUAGCUUCUCUAUGGCAUUCAUCGUAAUUGGAUAUGUGGUUCUGAAAUUCAAUAAAGAUUCAUGGGAUUUGCAAUCUUGCCUCCUCUUUAGCAUGACCCUUGGCAUUACAGAUCCUGUUCAUUCUGUGAAUUCACUGAAAACUAUUGGCAUUUCUAAAAUGUAUACUGAUAUCAUUAGAGGAGAAUCAAUGAUUAUCUGUGGCUUCACAUCCAUUUUUUUUGGAGUUUUUCGGAACAACAUACUUAGCAUUUCCAAUUUUAGGGAGUUACAUGUAAUCAUGGGCCUCAGCUUGGACAUUUUGGGAAGCAUAAUAUGUGGAUAUUGGUGUGCAAGGAUCAUUCAGUUUAUAUUGACUGACCUGUUCAGCAAUACACUGACCAGUAUCGUUCUUUGUAUCUCAAUGGUGUACUUGACUUUCUACAUUGUGGAAUUUUUGGGAAUGUCAGGUAUGGUUGCUUUAGUCGCUGUAGGACUAAAUUUGGAUUCCUUAAGCUUUAAACCGAGGAUCGAGUUAAUAAUUACUAAGUUUCUAAUAAUGUUUUCAUGUGUAUACCAACAUUUAAUAUACACUUUCUUUGGCAUUGUCAUUGGAUGUGGAGAAAUCAAGUAUUUUCAGUUUCACACUUUAGUUUUCAUGUUCAUCUUAUUUGCAACAGUGAAUUUUGUAAGGUUACUUACUGUUGUAUUAGUGAGCCCUAUUCUGAGGCAUUCAAAUUAUGAGUAUAAUUGGAGAUGGGGAAUUGUUAUAGCAUGGUCUGGAAUUAAAGGAGUUUUUAGCUUACUCUUGGCUCCUGAUAUUCAUAAUCUGGCUGAACAAAAAGUAGAGUCACCACAGCUGUUUAUAUUGUAUGUACAAGUAAUAUCAUUAAUGACUAUGGGAAUAAAUUCAUACAUGAUGACUUAUUCAGCCAGGACAUUAGGUUUGUGUGCCAUCUCCCUUCCAAGACAAAUGGCCAUGCAAAAUGCCAUUAAGCACAUCCAGGAGAUAAUACAGAACAGAAUAACUUUAUUUAAAACAGAAAAAAUUUUGACAAACGUUAACUGGACCUUAGUAGAAGAAAAAACAAAGAUUGAAUACAUCAUUCCUUUUCCUCAUGUUUCAUGUGAUAAAAAAGUGAAGGAGGAGUCCCCAACAGAUGAAGUUUUAAUAGAAGAGGCCAGAUUGCAUGUAGCUAUAAUACAAAUGAGUAGCUUUGAAAAACAGUGUAACGAUGGAGUCCUCAGUGUAGAGGCAGCCCGGACAUUAAUUGGUGCAACCAAAAGCUAUUGCCACAUCCAAGGAAAAUUCAUGAGUAUUUAUGAUGUUUCAACUUAUGUAAGAGCUAGAAGUUGGCUUAUGAAGUUUAAAAACAUAUUAACUUUCUUGGAAUAUCAUAAAGAUAAGGCAUCUCUUUCUCUAUAUGGGAAUAAUGAAUUUCUGAUUUUUAUAUAUCGCAUUGUAUUUUCAGAAGAAUUUGAAUAUGCCAGACAUAUUAUAGGAAUAAUGUACAUUUAUCCUAUGAUAAUGCAUCUAUGGCCAAUGGCAAGAGAAUUAAAUGUGUCAGCACUGAUAUUAGUAAACUACUACUUUGUAUUUUUAUAUCUGUUAGAAUCAGCAUUGAAGAUAACAAUUUUGAAAAGCAGAUAUUUUCAUCAACAUUGGAAUACUUUGGAAUUUUUUAUCGUGCUUAUUGGAAUCGUUGAUAUAUUUUGUAUAUACUUUGUCAGAUUGAGACCAGACCACUUGGUUCUUAUUCAAUUUACAGUAAUAAUAGGUUAUUUCAGAGUAAUUAGAUUUAUUCCUCUUAUCAAGGUACUAAUACCACUGCUGAUGAAUAUUGUAGAUGUGCAGAUCAAAAAGCGCCUCAGCUUGAUGUAUAGUAUUACAAAAGGCUAUGUCAAAAGUCAAGAGGAUACCAAGUUUUUAAUAAAACAGAUUUCUAGCCGAGAAUCAAUAAAUCAGAAAUUAUAUGAAAUUUUGGAAACCAACAAACGAGAUGCUGUCAAAGAACUAGGACUCAUAGAGCAUGAGGGUCGUGAUGUUGUCAUUGCUUUGAAGACUAAGCAGGCAAUCCGGAACGUGAUUGCUAAAGCUCUGAAAAGCCUCACCUUCCUUUGGUCAAGAGGCAUUAUUGAUAAACAUGAGGGCAUUGAGAUGAAUAAGGUGCUUCUUGCAAAAAUAAAAUCACUGAAUAACUUUCCAAUGGCAAUUCCGCCCCCUACUCCUGACAAAUAUCUUCAUAAUAUCAUUUGGCUAGAAAAUAAAGAUGUUCUCAUUGAGUUCUUCAAGGAGAGAGCCAAACUUGCCUAUUUUGACUAUGGAGAUGUCAUUUGUAAAGAAGGUGAAAUGCCACAAGGAAUCUACUUAAUUAUUUCAGGAAUGGCGAUCUUGCAGAGUUCACCUCCUACCUUUGGAAUAGACAGGAGCCUAAGCGCUGAUAGAGAGUCCACGACCAGGUUUACAGAGUACUGUACUAGUGGAGACAUAAUUGGAGAGUUGAGCUGUCUGCUUAAGCGUGAAAUUGAAUAUACUGCCAUCUGUGAAACUAUUUUACAGGCUUGCUUUAUCUCCCUGGAGGAUUUAUAUGAAGGCUUUGAUGUCUUCUGGCCAUCCCUGGAAUAUAAAAUAUGGCUGAAGCUUGCUCUCAGUAUUGCCUAUCAGUAUUUUGAAUCAAGUCUCAUUGAUGAGGACUUAAAGUUUCAGAAGUGCGUGGCCCUCAAUCAUGCAUAUGUGGAGACUUUAUCAAGCUAUAACGAAAUGACUGUUGAUAACGUGAACAUGAAAUUCGUUAUUCUUGUAUACGGCAGUGUUAUUGAUACUAAGACAGAGGUACCAUAUCUUGCACCUUGCAUUUUACCUAAAACCUGUGAACAGGUGCAGGGAACUUCAGAUUUAAGCAAGCUGCUGGUUAUCCAAGCACCUGCGCCUGCCAAAAAUAAUAAUAAUGCCAAGGUCACAGUCAACACCAGUCUUGGAAUGACCAGGAGAGACUAUCACUGGAAGAGAAAAAAUGAGUUGGAAACUGGAUCCCAUUUUAGAAAAGGACAUUAAUGGCACUUAUGUGAUACGUGGAGUCAGGUUAAAGACCGAGCUAAUAUCCUGACUCAAGUGCUGAAAGACUGUCUGGCAAGGAGUUUACUUAGAAGUUGCUAAAACAACUUACUGCUGCAUUUAUUUUACAAGCAAUUGAUGGACUGCUGCAAGAGCUCUAAUUUUAAGUAGUUGCAUUAUACUUAAGAUAUUCAAAAUCCCUCAGGAUAAUAUAAGAUAUCCUA